AUGGAUUGGGGUCCUGACACUUGGCGACCCUAUGGACAAUGGACUAGUGAAGGACCACUGAGGAACACCACUUGGCGACCUGGACCCAGUGGAGUGCACUCAUCUUACCUGAAUUCAAGGAGUGGUUUUGAGAUACAACGCACAGCUUAUCAUCCUCAUCCGUAUGCUCGAGUCAGUUUCUUCAAUCAAGCUGUUCCCACUCCUCAUGCAGAACUCUCCCGUCAUCGCUCGGAGUUUCGAGAAGCUCGCACCACCAUCAGCAGGGGUUUGUUUGCAGACUUCUCGGAAAGUGCUGUUCCUGACCCGCUGAUUCUUAACUGCGAGAUUAGUGCACAAAAGGUGGACAUCAGCUGGAAACCUCCAACACAUUUGAAAAGCAUCCGAUACCUUCUAGAAGUUCAGGACAAAGAAUCCGGGCGAAAUAUUCGAUUAGAAUGUGAAAAUAUCAAGGAUGGCAGCGUCAUAGCAGCUGUAUACAAAGAAAUUAAAGCUACGUUCAGCUACGACGAAAUGAAAAGAAUGUAUUUUAAAUGCGUCAACUUUGUUGGGACACAAAUGCAAGCUUUUGAAGUUUUGUAUAGAUGUAAACCGCGAGAAUACUGGGAUGAAAUUCAUAAUUGUCGCGAUGACCUCAUGGAAAAGUACAUAAAGGACAACAAUGGUCAACCAGCAAAUCGUAUUAAUGGCAUCAUUUCUGGCCUGUUCUUCUCUGCUCGGGUUUACGCCGAUGGUUCGCUGCCUACUCAUUCGCCAUUUGGAAAUGUGCGAAUGUUAGUGCCGCCUGGUGCUUUGCUCGAUCCAACUAUCAAUAAUUUCUACUUCGCCGAUUUUUAUUGCAACUACUACACCCACUAUGUUACGGUAGUGAUAUGCCGGAAAGGAUCGGAAACCGAUAAUUACUGCUACACAAGGCUGUACCAAAUGAGCCCAGAGGAUAAUCCCUUUCUUACGGGUAGAACAUUUAUUCUUUGUUCGAACAAGUUCAACAUACAGGUGGUUCCUUCCCCACAUCCACAUUAUCCACCCACUUAUUGGGUAAACAGUGGCGUGUGGGUCGAGAUCUACUACACGGAGGAUGUUCCUUUAUGGUUCGGACGCUUUGAUAAUAUUCAAACUACAGGUGCUGGGACAUCCAAAAUAGGCGGCCUACCGAACAAUAAACAUUGUGAGCGGUGCAACCUUUAUCCGGUGCCAUAUCCAGAUGAAGUUGUGGUUCUUGAUGACGAGACAGGCGCUGAUGCAGGUGUUGCCGAUAUCACAGUGGCUGAAGAUCCGUUGAAUUCAACCUUCCGGGUGCUUAUGAAUGAGCGUAAAGGUGACGUUGCUGAAGAAUGGGAAGACAUAGUUGAAGUCAUCUGUGGUAUGGUUGAUCAGGUGUGCGAGAUGGACAAUCAGCCAAAGGUGGGUUUUCUCUUGCUCGUUUGCUCUUAGAA